AUGAAGAGCUCAUCGAGAGGGAGGGCACUUGUCUAUAAGAGGGAGCCAGCAGCCACACAGUACAGUAUUGCUGAGAAUGCCUUUAAUAAUUGUAAACCUCCGGCGGUUACGGCUGAGAAUGGUGGUGGCUAUAAGAAGAGAUGGACUGCUCCGGCUUUAGUCGAUCGUGUUCUUAAAUACUUUCCGGAACUCGAGAACGAGAUAGAAACACUUGAGCUCAAGAAACAAAACUACCUAAUUCAAUCAGAAGAGAGUACCAGUAUCAAUAGUCCAGAUCAGAAUUCACAGCAAACUGGGAUUGACAGUACUACAAUUUCUAAGAGAUGGACUGCACCGGCUUUAGUCGAUCGUGUUCUUAAAUACUUCCCGGAACUCGAGAACGAGAAAGAAACACUUGAGCUCAAGAAACAAAACUACCUAAUUCAAUCAGAAGAGAGUACCAGUAUCAAUAGUCCAGAUCAGAGUUCACAGCAAACUGGGAUUGACAGUACUACAGUUUCUGUAAAUGAAGUUAGAGAGGGAGAAGCAAUUAUUCAAAUUUGCAUGGAAAAUAGUAAUGCAUUCACAUUUGGAUAA